AUGUUCCUAAAGGCACAAUUGCAAUGGAAUGUUAUAAUUCCUGCUGAGAAUCUUGAUGCCGAAGGACUGGCACUGCAGAAGGCAAUAAUAGUCCGCCUUUUGGGUGAAUUUUCUGCUAAGAAAGCUACAAGCACUCUUGGUUAUUUUGUUGCAGUCACUACUUUGGACAAAGUUGGAGAAGGGAAAGUCAGACAGCACUCAGGGGAUGUGCUCUUUCCUGUAACCUUCUCAUGCAUCACCUAUAAAGCUUUUGCUGGUGAGAUUCUAGAAGGAGAAGUUUAUAAGAUAUCCAAGAAAUUUGUUUUACUGAGGUGCGGACCACUUGAAAAGAUUUUUAUGGAGAUGCAGGGUUACAGUUAUGUUCCAGGUGAGAACCCUGUCUUAAUGAGCGAGAAGUCAUCAAAGAUUGAGAAAGGUGUCAAGCUGCGUGUUAUGGUCAUUCGCGUUAUGUAUAUGGAGGCUGAAAGGGAAUUUCAGGCCUUUGCCAAGUUGGAUGGUGAUCACCUAGGGCCUAUUUGAGUAUGAGAAAGUUACUAAUAUGACCUGGUCUUGAUGUGUG